UCCAGGGAGGGGAGUUUCUGUCAGUAACUCAGGGAUAAAUAGAGAGGCAGAGCUCAGAGUUUGUCAGAAGGUGGACCUGACAGGGUCACACACAGGACCAAGCAGGACCUCAGCAUUUUGAAUUGAAUUACAAAUGGAGAAACAUGAAGAUGUUCAAUACUGUUUUCAAGACGGAAACUCUUCUUGCAGAAAGGCUUUGCUAUCGACAUCUAUCUACAUAACACUGUACAUCUUCUUCUCAUUGAUUUCAGCAGUUACAGUAUUUUUGAACCUACUGGUGAUCAUCUCCAUCUCUCACUUCAAGCAGCUCCACACUACAACCAACCUGCUCAUCUUCUCUCUGGCUGCGUCAGAUCUCCUGGUUGGACUGAUUGUGAUACCAGUAGCGACUUUAACAAUAAUGGAACCAUGCUGGGGUUUUGGGGAAUAUUUCUGCGUGUUUCAAUUCUACAUUACUUUUUUAUGUACUACUUUAUCUCUUGGCAAUUUGGUCUUGAUAUCUAUUGACCGCUAUGUUGCUGUGUGUGAUCCCUUAUUGUACCACUCUAAAAUAACAAUAACAGGAACUAUCUGUUGUAUAUCCAUUACCUGGUGUUGUUGUAUCAUAUAUGAUGCUGUUAUUAUACAAAACUUUGUAAAUGUACAGACACCCAGUAGGUGUUUAACAGAAUGUGUUAUUGUUGAAGGAAUAACAUGGGUUAAUAUAAUGUACAUUGUAUUUAUAAUGGUUGUCCCGUGCUCUAUUAUUAUAACACUUUAUUUGAACAUCUUUGUGGUGGCCAGAUCACAGGCCAGAAAGGUAUUUUCAAAAGAGGCUGACAGUGAGUCUGGUGUUCAAACUGUACAUGCAAAUAAGUCUGAGAGAAAAGCAGCAAAAACUCUAGCUAUUGUUGUUUUCACCUAUCUCCUUUCUUGGAUUCCAUCUCUAUUUAUUUACUUUGUUUUUUCUGUUAUAGGUGAUCAUUUAAUAUCAUAUUUCACUAGUUAUCUGGCAUUUGUUAAUUCCUUAAUUAACCCAAUAAUUUAUGCUUUCUUUUAUCCAUGGUUCAAAGUGACAGCUAAACUUAUUUUAACUUUGAAGAUAAGACGUUUAUAGUUCCUAUAAUAUGAUUUCCUAGUUCAGCAAACAUCGGUUUGAUAUAGUUUUGUUCUACAGGUGUUGUAAUUAUUUCAUGUAACAAUACACCGACAUGACUCAUCUCACUGUUGUCAUCAUAGGUACAUGUGGUGUUGAUAAAGAAUGAUUGUCUGGAUUGUAAUGGAAUGACUUGGAGAAGUUAUAAGAAUGCAUAAGCUUGUUUUAUAAAAGACAUUGUAGUCAUUGUGGAUUGUGUUCUCCAAAUACCUAAGGCUGUGGUUGUUCCAUGGUAAUGAUAAAUAGUAUGUAAGUGUUCUAAUAGUACAUUCUGAGGACGUCAUGACUCAUUCUA